UAAUUUAAUCUGAAACAUGUUCUUGUCGGCAAUGUAGAUGGGGUAAGGGCUUGGCCGUGGAUGUCAGUCUGCUAAGGUUAGCUAGUAGCUAACGCCGUCUCGUUGGCAAAACACUAGGAACCAAACGGGGAGGGACCUACCUGGAUUUGUCCAAUAGAAACUCUAGUUUUCGUUGCGAAACGAAACGUUUGGCACCUGCUUGGACUAAUGAUUACAUCCCAACAGUGUACGUCAAUUAGCUACUGUAGACAGCUGUGUUAGUGUCGCCAAAUAAACGUUAUUGUUUGGACUGUAGUUGGGCUGUCACCGACCUUGAUAGAAUUGAUCAAAUCUGCAAGGCUCAGUAACUAGCGCAGGUCUCCAACCGUUUUCUAGCAUGAAUUCUACUUUAAAAAAUGAAACACGUCGUGAGCUACUCAUUUUAUUUUCUAUCUUUCAAAUAGGCAUAUUGUUCUCUUCUCUCCCCUGCAACUCUUCAUGUAUUUAGUGUACAAGAGAAAGGAGUGCACUGUUUGUCAAUAUACAUGGUAAAAUAAUGGUUAAUGAAACAACUAUAAUGGGGGCCCUAUAAAAUCUACUUGUUUUCCCUCAUUCUGUUUUAUAUUUUCUCAUUGUUUUCUCAGUUUUAUUUUCACUGUUUUUAGAUUUUUGGGGGGGGGGGUUUUACCCUCAAAAUUAGAAUUGUUCAUAGUGAAACAAUGACAUUUGAUUGUUUUUUGGGGGGGUCUGGAAGAAAAUUAGAUUUCUUUUCAUUUGAGUGUAGUUACUCUUUAAUUGCACAUCUUGUGUGCUUUCAAAUGUGCCAGUCUAGUGAUGGUACUGUAAUGCUUCUGCUCAUUUCAUGGCAAAGUUCGCAAAUUAUAUAUAUAUUACUCAUCAUAGACUAGGUAAGCCUUCUUUUGCAUUUAACAUUCAAUUGAGAAGGUUUUUGGGAAAGUAUUUCUGUCAACCCACCAGACUGUUAUGCCGACCCGACAACUUGCUUCUAGUGAUGAACAUUCCGUCUUUUCUGUGAGGCGGAUCAUUUGGUUCUGUUCACAUAAAGGAAACCUUCAUUUGGCUCCCAAACGGCUUAGUUCAGUAAAGCUUAGAAGUUGUUAUUUUUAUUUAACCGGUACUUAACUAGGAAAGUCAGUUAAGAACAAAUUCUUAUUUACAAUGACAGCCUGCCCCGGCCAAUCCCGGACGACGCCUGGCCAAUUGUGCGCCACCCCAUGGGACUCCCAGUCACAGCCAGAUGUGAUACAGCCUGAAUUCGAACCAGGGACUGUAGUGAUGCCUCUUGCACUGAGAUGCAGUGCCUUAGACCACUGCACCACUCGGGAGCCCGAUUGACCUAAAACCAUGAAAAAAAGAAAUAGUACAUUUCUAAUUGAAAGCCUACAGUUGCCUACCAUUAUGUCAGAUUGUGAAAUGUGAGUAAAAAUACAUUAGAUGAUCUGUAACAAAAAAAAGGACACAAUUUAACACACUGAAGAAGUGACUGGACCACUACAGUGCAUUCGGGAAGUAUUAAGAACCUUAACUUUUUCCACAUUUUGUUCACGUUACAGCCUUAUUCUAAAAUGGGUUAAAUGUUUUAUUAUCAGUCUACACACAGUACCCCAUAAUGACAUAGCAAAAACAGGUAAGCGUAUUAAAAAUAAACAGAAAUUGCAUUUACAUGGCCUCCCGAGUGGCACGGUGGUCUAAAGCACUGCAUCGCAGUGCUAGCUGUGCCACUAGAGAUUCUGGGUUCGAGUCCAGGCUCGGUCGCAGCCGAUCACGACCGGAAGACCAAUGGGGCAGCGCACAAUUGGCCCAGCGUUGUCCGGGUUAGGGGAGGGUUUGGCCGGCAGGGAUGUCCUUGUCCCAUCGCGCACUAGCGACUCCUGUGGCGGGCCGGGUGCAGUGGACGCUGACAUGGUCGCCAGGUGUACAGUGUUUCCUCCAACACAUUGGUGCGGCUGGCUUCUGGGUUAGGUGGGCAUUGUGUCAAGAAGCAGUGCGACUUGUCUGGGUUGUGUUUCGGAGGAUGCAUGGCUCUCGUGCAUCCUCCGUACGGGAGUUGCAGUGAUGGGACAAGACUAACUACCAAUUGGAUACCACGAAAUUGGGGAGAAAAUGGGUAAAAAAAAAAUAUAUAUAAAUAUAUAUAUAUAUAUUUUACAGCCUUGAGUCUUCUGGGGUAUGACGUUACAAGCUUGGCACACCUGUAUUUGGGGAGUUUCCCCCACUCUUCUCUGCAGAUCCUCUUAUGGUUGGAUGGGAAGCGUCGCUGCACAGCUAUUUUCAGGUCUCUCCAGAGAUGUUCGAUCGGGUUCAAGUCCGAGCUCUGGCUAGGCCAGUCAAGAAUAUUCAGAGUCUGGUCCUGAAGCCACUCCUGCGUUGUCUUGGCUGUGUGCUUAUGGUCGUUGUCCUGUUGGAAGAUGAACCUUCGCUCCAGUCUGAGGACCUGAGCGCUCUGGAGCAGGUUUUCAUCAAGGAUCUCUCUGUACUUUACUCCGUUCAUCUUUUCCUUGAUCCUGACUAGUCUCCCAGUUCCUGCCACUGAAAAAUAUCCCCACAGCAUGAUGCUGCCACCACCAUGGUAGGGAUAGUGCCAGGUUUCCUCCAGACGUGACACUUGGUAUUCAGGCCAGAGAGUUCAAUCUUGGUUUCAUCAGAUAAAUCUUUUUCUCCUGGUCAGAGUCCUUUUAGGUGCGUUUUGGCAAGCUCCAAGCGGGCUGUCAUGUGCCUUUUACUGAGGAGUGGCUCCCGUCGGGCCACUCUACCAUAAAGGCCUGAUUUGGUGGAGUGCUGCAGAGAUGAUUGUCCUUCUGGAAGGUUCUCUGAUCUCCACAGAGGAACUCUGGAGCUCUGUCAGUGACGAUUGGGUUCUUGGUCACCUCCCUGACUAGGGCCCUCCUCCCCCGAUUGCUCAGUUUGGCCGGGCGGCCAACUCUAGGACGAGUCUUGGUGUUUCCAAACUUCUUCCAUUUCAGAAUGAUGGAGACCACUGUUCUUGGGGACCUUCAAUGCUGCAGACAUUUUUUGGUCCCCUUUCCCAGAUCUGUGCCUCGACACAAUCCUGUCUCUGAGCUCUACGUGCAAUUCCUUCAACCUCAUGGCUUGGUUUUUGCUCUGAGAUGCACUGUCAACUGUGGGACCUUUUUGUAUAGACAGCAAUUAGAACUCAUCACACCUUUCCAACUAUACUUCAAUCCUGAUUUGAUACUAAGGAAUUUUCAGGUAUGGAGACUCAUAACCAACUUUUUAUUUUUCGGGCCAGUUGGCUUCAACUUCCUUUUCAAUAUGAUUUUUUUGUACCGAUACUGUCGUAUGCUGGAGGAGGGCUCUUUUAGGGGCCGCACCGCUGACUUUGUCUUUAUGUUCCUCUUUGGUGGCCUUUUGAUGACUAUAUUUGGCACCUUUGUGAGUCUGGUAUUCUUGGGCCAAGCCUUCACCAUCAUGCUGGUGUACGUGUGGAGCAGGCGCAACCCCAACGUUCGCAUGAACUUCUUUGGUCUGCUGAACUUUCAGGCGCCCUUUCUCCCGUGGGUGCUCAUGGGAUUCUCUCUGCUGCUGGGGAACUCCAUCAUUGUGGAUUUACUAGGUAUCGCUGUGGGUCAUGUCUACUUCUUUCUGGAGGAUGUAUUCCCAAACCAGCCAGGUGGUGGCAGAUGGCUCAAGACUCCUUUUUUUCUUAAAAUGCUUUUUGACACUCCAGAAGAAGAUGCCAACUACAACCCCCUUCCCGAGGAGCGUCCAGGGGCGUUCGCCUGGGGAGAGGGACAGCGCCUCGGGGGUUAAUCUAGCCCCCCACCACAGGAUCACUUUAUAAUGGACAUUCCCUCAGCGAGACAGAGGGACAAUUAUUAUUUUCUUGACUUAUUUCUCUAGUUCUGGAUGGAGAACGCCAAUAUCCAACCAGAGCUUUUCUGGGGUUGGUGUGUGGCUUACAUCUCCCUGAAACUAUUCUAUAAGCCAGACUGUCACUUUAAGACCACAUGAGGACAUAACAACAGCAAGGGACUUUUGAUGGGGAACCUUUGGCUGUGUUGAUGUUUGGCUUUAUCUCUGGGGGAAUAUUGUCUAUGGGAAACGGAGGCCAAAAUUGAAUGAAUUCAGAUCUUGAGGGUUUUUUCCAUUUUACUUUUUAAAAUAUAUAUAUAUAAUUAACGUGUGGCGAAUGUAGAUAUUGCUGGAUAUAUUUUCUUUGUCAGUUUUUUGUAAGGCGUUCCAUAUUUGAUUUAUUUCAUUAAUGUGAUUUCAGUCCCAAAAGAGUGCUUGGAUGCACUAGGCAUCAACAAUGUGAACUCUUGCAUAACUUACAUAUUGAAUAAAAGCACACAUUUUGUUUAUUGCAA